AUGGAUCAUGAUCCGAUCGCUAGCAUGGAAUUGGGCAGAAUCCUAUGCGGUUCAUGCUUUUCUCAAUACAAGCAUGUCGACUGGGGGGACAAAACGAGCCCCGUUAAGAUCAAAGACAAGACGACCACCCAGCCUCAAGAUGGCAAGACCUUCAAUGAGUGGAUCAGCGAGAGGGGGAAGCUGAAGACAAACCAGGUAAUGGUCGACUACCUGAAUCGUGUCCAUGGACUGGUGUUCACGGUCGAAGAUCCGUUGGAAGUCCGACUAGGCAUGCUAGCUCUUCGACUGGAAGACGCGAUCCAUUGA